GGAAUUGGAGGCAGAGCGGGACCUGAGAGAAGGCGCCCCGACUGCCGCCCAGAACCCGUGAAAGCAAGACCAUCAACAUCCAGAACAACACAGCAUUGGACGGUUGCCUGGUAACCGUCACCCACAGCUACUGCUUGCCGCCGUCCUCCCGCCCGGAGGCUAUGGAGGUGGUGGGGGGCAGUCUGCGGGGGGGAGGAGGAGGAGGAGGAGGAGGAGGGGGAGGAGCUGGAGCAGGAGGAGAGGAGGAUGACGGGGAGGAGGCAAUGGCAAUAGUAGGAGGAGUAGGUGCAGUGGGAGCAGAGGUGACUGCUGGGCCAGGGGGGGUGGCGGCCACAGCCACUGUGUCCACAUCGGAGGGCCUGGAGGAAGGGGAGGUGGAGGGGGAGACCCUGCUCAUUGUGGAGGCGGAGACGGAGGACCCGGACCAGGGAUCUCUCGACCUCUCUCACGACCAGAGUGGAGACUCACUCAUCAGCGACGCAGGGGAGGAGCAGGAGGAGCGGAGCGGGUGGAGGGAGGACGCCACAGCCUUCCACUGCGACAAGUGCCACAAGUGGAUACCUGCCGGUCAGUUGCGUGGUGACCAUCCGAGCUACCUGAAGGGUGAUAACUUCUUCAAGUUUGUCUGCUACCACUGCUCUGAGGACGGCAAGGAGACCUUUGAGAGGAUGAGGCUGACAUGGCAACAGGUGGUGAUGUUGGCCAUGUAUAACCUAUCCCUGGAAGGCACUGGACGCCAAGGCUACUUCCGGUGGAAGGAGGACAUCUGCGCUUUCAUUGGACGCCACUGGAACUUCCUGCUGGGCUCACGUAAGAAGACGUCUACAUGGUGGAGCACGGUAGCUGGGUGUCUCUCGGUGGGCAGCCCCACCUUCUUCCGCUCGGGGGCUCAGGAGUUCGGGGAGCCGGGCUGGUGGAAGCUGGUCCACAACCGACCGCCCACGCUACGGCCAGACGGAGAGAAGGGCACAGCCACCACUCACAAGGCCAAAGGUGGGUCCAGAGCCCCCAGUCGGCAGGCUCUGGACCCCACUAUAACGGUGGAGGGGCUUCGUAAGCGAGGAGGCCGCAACCCGGUGGAGAACGCCAUGCAGCUCAAGGAGAAACGCUCCCGCACACAGGAGGCCAAAGACAUCCGGCGAGCCCAGAAGGAAGCGGCAUGUGGGGGAGGAGCAGGAGAGCCCAGCCCUGCUACAGGCAUGCUGAUGGUCGCCGGCGGUUACGGAAGCGGUGGCGGGAGCAGCAGCGCCUCCUCCACGCCAGUCAAGAUGGCCGCCUCCUCCUGCUCCACACGGGGAGGUCGUCGAGGAGGAGGGGGAGGGGGAGGCGGUGGAGGAGGAGGGGGAGCAGACAUGGUGCUGGAGCGCGGAGAGGUGAUAGACUUCUCGUCCAUGAGUUCGUCAGACCGCACGCCCCUCUCCAGUCCGUCCCACUCGCCCUCCCCGGACUUCUCCUCUCCCGGGACCCCGGCCUCCCACUCGGCCACCCCCUCCCUGCUCUCAGAGGCGGACCUCAUCCCAGACGCCAUGCCACCUCAGGCACUCUUCCACGAUGAUGAAGAGUUGGAUGGCGAGGGCACCAUGAUCGACCCCGGCAUGGAGAACACACCCCCUCCCCACUCCUCCUCCGCUGGCCUGGUCGGCUCCUCCGCCUCCACCGCCGCCCUGCUGGUGAGGAAGAAACUGCGGCCCGCGAUGCUCAUCAAGCAGGAGCCGGAGAGCGAGGAAGAGGAGGACGAGGAGGAGGACGAGGAAGAUCACCACCACCCUCUCCAUCACCACUACUAUCAUCAGCACCAUCAUCAGAGGGUGAGGAUGAGGGGGAGCUAUCAACAUCAUCAGCAUCAUCACCAUCAGCAUCAUCACCACCAUCAGCAUCUUCAUGACGAGCACCAGGCCUCGGCUGACCGCAAGGUGGUGCUCCCGCAGCCCAAGGUGGAGCCUCCGGACCCCAGCCUGAUGAUGAUCAGCUCAGGGGAGUUCGGACCAGGAGCCACCUCCUCUACUGGCACAGCAGGUGUGGCCAGGACGGGGGCGAGCGGUGUUGUGGGCAUGCCCUCCUCCUCCUCCUCUUCCUCUCGUCCUCACCCUCCCUCCUCCGCCUCUCCUCUGCUGGGCCCCAUGGAGUCUCCCCCUCCCCCGCUCCCCUCCUCCACCACCUCCACCACAAGACGACUUGUGCCCAUGGGACCACAGGAGGAGUGGGCGGUGCUGCGGCGCCUGGAGGCGUGUCCUCAGGCCUUGGCCGCCUCCCCCGAGGCGCGUCGUCUACGGCGACGGCUGCUGGUGCGCCAGGCGCUCCGAGAGAGGGGACGGCCCCUUCUGGACCUUGAUAAGGCUGUCAGCCAAUCACUAUGCCUGGUGACUGGAGCACCGGAGUGGAGCGGUGACACGGGAGGUGUGGUCAGCGGAGGGGGUGUGGCCAAUGCCAAUGGAGGGGGCCGUGGCUCCAUGAUGAUGAUGAUGAUGAUGAGCAGGAGGAAGCAGCGAGGCAGUGGACAGGAUCUGGACAUGCGCAUCCUCGACCGCUUCCAGACUCCAGUGUCGAGCCGUAAGAGUAUCCAGCAGCAGUCCGUUUCCUUCUGGCAUCGACUGAUGGGCACGCACGCUGGCAUCAACACUGGAAUCAAGAGCGCAUACACCUCACGCGUACUCAAACCAUUCAUCAGGCGGGACUACGAGACCCGUCCGCUGAAGCUGCGUUUGCUGGCGGAGAUCCGGGCCCACCCCCAUCGCCACGACGACGGCUGGAGCCCCGCCCCCGAGGCGCCCAUUGACUACUGCUACGUGCGGCCCUCCCACAUCGCAUCAGUCAACGCCAUGUGUAACGACAUGUUCUGGCCUGGAGUGGACCUGUCUGAGUGUCUGCAGUACCCAGACUUCAGUGUGGUGGCUCUCUACAAGAAGGUGGUGGUCGGCUUCGGCUUCAUGGUACCCGACGUCAAAUAUAACGAGGCCUACAUCUCAUUCCUAUUGGUCCAUCCGGAGUGGAGGAGAGCGGGCAUAGCCACCUUCAUGAUCUACCAUCUCAUUCAGACGUGUAUGGGUAAGGACGUGACGCUGCACGUGUCUGCCAGUAACCCGGCCAUGCUGCUCUACCAGAAGUUUGGUUUCAAGACGCAGGAGUACGUGCUGGACUUCUACGACAAAUACUACCCAGUGGAGAGCAAGGAGUGCAGACACGCAUUCUUCCUACGCCUCAGACGCUAAUACACACACACGCACGCACACAAACUCUGUAGUUCACAUUUCCCUGUGUUUUUUCGCGGGCAGUUACAACGGGUGCCAGUGUGAUGCAGUGGCGUUUGCUCCUACCGCCAUGUUGUGACACACACACACACACACACGCACGCACACACACACACACACACGCACACACACACACUACUGCUGCUGCGCAUGGCCGAGUCACGUGGCCUCCGUUAAUGUCAUGUGCACACACUCACACUCACACACACACACACACACACACACACACACACACACACACACACACACACACACAAGCAGAGUGAUUGUGAAUGAAUGAGGCUGACAUGUUAGUUGUGAUAAACUGCAUAGAAAGUGUUUCAAGCCAUUAGAAGACCCUCUGAAACUGGUUUGACGUUUUUAAUAAUAAUGAAAAAACACUGCAUAGAACUGUUUUAGAAAAGCACCCGAUCUUGGUUUAGAGUUGUGGCAAAGAAAAAAGAAACUGCAAGGAAAAGUGUUUGUGUUCAUGAAGUAUUUGAGUGAUAUUGUUGAAGAUGUUGUUUUGCGUGUGUGUGUGUGUGUGUGUGUCUGUUUAGUUGUUUUUACAUCUUUCUCUUCACCCUCUGCAUCACACCGCACACACAUACACACCUGUGCACCCACUCUAGUGUGUACAAACGUGCACGCACGCACACACACACUUGAUCUCCCUACUCUACUUCAAAGCGUUGUGACCCUUGUCAACACCCCUUAGACUGUGUGUGUGAGUGUGUGAAAACUUCUGGGAAUUUGUAUCAAAACAUUGCCGGCGUUUCAGUUUCAAAGAAAACCCACAAAGUAUUUUUGUUACAAUGGUUUUAUUUUCUCUCUCGUUUUGUAAAGGAUCAAGGCUUCAAUUGCUGUACGUGAAUUUUCUGUAUUAAAAAGCAUCUUAGGCAAA